UUUCUUGCAAAAAGUCAAUUUUAGUUUAGACUAAAAAUGAGGAUGCGAAGUAUACGAAAUUAUAAAGGUCUUCCAGCAGAUGUUACCCUGAAUAGUUUUGCGAACUCAGUUCAGUUGAGAGAUAGAGAACCGAAAUAUCAGCCCUUGGUUCACCAAAUUAAACAAACCGAAGAGAGAAGAGAGACCCGCGAGGUCGAGCUGGACUGGUUUGACAGGGACGAGGAUGAUAUCGCGGCGGAGGUCAAGAUGUUGAACGUCGGCACCUGCAAGGAGGUCGGUCCUCCCAGCCUUGAGUUCAGCUCCUCCGUGUUCCCUUACGACUUCUGGUUCUUGUUGAGUGGAUUUAUAGCUCCAGAGGAUGUGGGACGGUUCGCCAGCAUUUCUCCGCUCACACGGCACAUCGUGUCUUCCCAGGCCUUCUGGAGGAGGUUAUACUCAAGAUACUUCAGUCCAGAGCUAGAGUUGUCAUCCGCGUAUAGUCCCGAGUCCAUGAGUCGACCCCUGGGUCUCCGAGCUCGUGUUAUUCUCAUGUUGCAUUUAUCCUACUCUCCCUUCAGAGCAAUCAAAAAUCAGUCCAGUGUUUGGCCGGAUUUAGACAAGCUGGUUGGACGUGUGUGCACAUUGCAUUGGAGCAGCAAACUAAGCCGGAGCCAAUGUUUCUUCUACUUCAAGUUGAAGGACCAGUUCAUCACGGAGAACAAGUCUAAGCAUCAGGAGUACUUCGUCGAGGAAUGGGAGGAGAUAAACGUGGAUAAAGGAUUCCUAGAUAAACUCUCAGAUAUUAAUCAUAACCCAGAGAAUGGUUGCAAGUUACUCCAGGUUUGUUGUGCCAACUGGUGUCUUUUUCCUUCCCCACUUAGUCAGAAGUUGAAGCGUGUGAGUGUGAGUGUAUCCCAUGGUAUGAAGCAUCACAAGCUGCAGAUGGAGUUCGGGGGACCUAGGGGACAAUCAGGGGAUAUCAAGGUUCUCAUUGAUAGUGUAGUGUCACUCAAGGUGCUAGACUGGUGGGAUCCUCAGUAUUCAAACAUCAACAACAACUUUGUCAAAUAGUUCCACAAGAUCAUCUUCGAAAUCCUCAUAAUAUUCAUUAUCAUCAACCUGUUUGUAGAACUAAAUCUUAGGCAAAAGUAUACUUUAGUUUUUCCUGGUUAUCUUUAACUUAAUUUUUAUAAUGAAAACUGAAAAAGAAAAAAGGGACAAUUUUUAUUUCUGUUUAUCGUUUUUUACCAAAUAUGAAUUUUUAAUUCUUUUAAUCCUACUAAAAAUUGUAAGUAAUUUAAAAUACACUCUGAGACCGAAUUUAAAGAAUUUGAACCGCGUCUAGACGUUGUUUAGAUAUGAGACGCAGUUAAACAUGGUUAGUUCCGCUUAAAAUUAUAAUCAGUGUUUGGAGCUCAAUUGGAACCGGUUUUUGGCUGUUCAAAUUGUUUAAAUUCGGCCUCUGAUAUACCUAAAUUUAGAUUUUUGGCAAUUUUUAAUUUUCUAAGUUAACAUCUACCAAAUUUAAAUAUUUAAGUUAUGCUAGCCAUAAUUUAUAAAUGAGACAUUAUGAUAAAAUAAUCAGUUAAAAUCUUUGUAACGUGCAGGGGUAUAUAUUUUCUUGAAAAAGCAUUAUCCCUCAUCCCGAUCUUCAAAAAUGCUUUCUUUUUUUAGUGGUCGAUAAUUUUUCUUUCAAAAAAAAUAUACCCCUGCAGAAAUGAAACUGAAUCCUGUGAUAAAUUUAACUUGUUAUAUUACAUAUUGUUAAAUGUUUAUUUUCUACUUUCAGA